AUGAGUGAGCCAAGAAAGAAUAAAGUUCGGAACGAGGAAUUUAAGAUUUGGAAGAAAUCAAUUCCCUCGCUUUAUCAGCAUAUAUCAAGCUUCAAACCGGCGUUUACCACACUGUUUGACAAUAGCGAUAAAAUUCCGAAAGCGGUGACGUUUUCGCAUAAAAUUGAGCCUGACAGAGAAAAAGGUAUAUUGAAUGCUUCACUUCUUUGUUCUCAAGGGAGUGAAGUGUUUGAAGUUGAAUUUCAACUUCCACUUGGGCUGCACACGGUAACAGGAGAUCUUCCAGAGCCUCAAUUCGAUCCUAACCUUGCAAGUAUGGCGGGCCCCGUUUCGCCAAGGUGGAUCUAUCAGGGUGAAACAAUUAUCAAGUUGGAGUAUAUCGGAGGUCCCGACGCGGAUUUCAUCGCAAUGGCCUCAAAUGGAUCGUUGGCGUGGUUCAAGGAGGAAUGCAAAGUUCCUGUCUACGUGAUGGCCGAAAUGAUGGGCCCCUCGACGAGUUACUCCAUGAUACACACUCAGAAAGCCCGGAACGAGAUUGUCGUGGAUUUUGCCUCCUCGGUCGACGGAGAAACCGUAGUCAAGUCCCAGCAAAGCAUGACCAACGGUGGACGCGACGAACACAGCAUUCUCAAACUAGUAGACAACUCCCAGUCGCCUGGUGAACUCUUGCGGACCAUUCACAUCAAGGACACCACCGUGACUCACACGGUCAAGUUCCACGACAACCAUUUAUUCAGCGUGUGUUCGGAUGACAACCGAGUGCGCUUUUAUGACACGCGUGGCGACGGGCUCCCAUUGUGGAGUUUGACCGACGUGAACAGUGGGAAACUGACCUGUUUCGAUGUUUCGCAUGUGGUUCAGACCUUGUUUAUCACGGGUUCGAGUACUGGUGUGCUGAAGCUCUGGGAUUUGCGGACUAUAGCAUCUGCGAUGCACGCGAAAACGGAACCCAUGGAAAUCGUGAGUCUAUACCACUCGGGUGGAGAUUCUGUUGCUGACGUCCAAUUCAACCCUUCUUCACCUAGCGAGUUUAUUUCUGUUGGAGGCAGUGGAAACGUUUACCACUGGGAUUUAGAAUACGUUUUCGCACGCGAUGGAGAACAUAAUGGUGACGAACUCAUGAAUUCAGAAGAAUUGCAACAACAAUGUCUCAAAUUUUUACACACAGGUGGUGGCAGAAGGUCCAUUGGGAGUUUGAACAAAAGAGGUACUGUAGCUGUUCAUCCUAUCGUUGACGGUGUUGUUGGCUGUGUCGAUGCCGAUGGCCUACUCACGGUGUACAAGCCUUUCAUCGGUAGAGAUGGCAGCGACGAGGAAGAAAGUGAGGUGGACGCUGACGCUGAUGCUGAUCUUGACGCUGCCGAGUAG